AUGAUCGCCAUCAUGGUCGCGGUGCUCAUGUGGCGCUUAUUCGGGGGCCUCUUCUUCGAGUCGUCCCCCGCCGGAGGUCCACGGGUGGGUGGCCCCUUGCGGCAGAAGAAGACUGAAGGAGGAAAGAGUGAAAGCCUGGAAUGGGCUGUUUGCGAGAUGCAAGGAUGGCGAGCUGCCAUGGAGGACGCCACUUGCGUCGUCGAGUCCCUGCCGGAACCGCUGGCAGAUCAGGCGCUCUUCGCGGUCUUCGAUGGCCAUGGCGGAUCACAAGUCUCGCACAUCGCUUCAAAGGAGUUUCCCAAGGUGCUUCAAGUGUGUGCCAACAAGUUACAAGACGGCGACAGCACAGAAGCUGAAAAGGAGGAGCCCAACACCGAGCUUUUGCCAGGAGAACUCUCGCCAUGCACCCCUGGCAGCUCUAGCAGUUCCAAACCCAAAGCAGAGGAUGGAAAGGAAGAUGACAAGUCUACCAACGGUGUUGAGGCCGACAUUGCGUUGAAAGCCGCGGGUGGCCUUUGCGGCAAGGCCGAACGAGCGGAGCCACCAGUGAUCACCAGUGACAUCGAAGCGGGGCAGUGA